UAUACAUAUAAAUUGAACUCGACACGCCCACAAGCCGCCCGCAAGUACCCUCUGGUCGGCAUCUCGUCACAUCAGAUUCAAACAUGGCCACUGUGCUGCCCGUCAGACCGUCCUGUGAUAGCAGCCCUGCAACUCCAGGAGUGCCAUGUAUCAAGGAGGAUGUUAUUGAGGAGGUGUCCAAUGAUGGAAGCCAACCACCCAAAAGGAGAAGAAUGGGUUCUGGGGAUAGCUCCAGAAGCUGUGACACCUCCAGCCAGGAGCCUGGACCCACAUAUUUUCCAGCAGAGAACCUGACAGAGUACAAGUGGCCUGCAGACGACAUGGGGGAGUACUACAUGCUCCAGGAGCAGGUCAGCGAGUACCUGGGGGUCACGUCGUUCAAGAGGAAGUACCCCGACCUGGAGAGGAGAGACUUGUCCCACAAAGAAAAGCUUUGCCUGCGAGAACAGAAUGUCAUCACUGAGACGCAGUGCACCUUGGGUCUAACCGCACUUCGUAGCGACGAGGUGAUAGACCUGAUGAUCAAGGAGUACCCCAUCAAACACUCAGAGUAUUCCGUUAUUCUGCAGGAGAGAGAGAGGCAGCGGAUAGCCAAAGAGUACUCUCAAAUGCAGCAGCAGAAUCCCCAGAAGGUGGAAGCCAGCAAGGUCCCGGAGUACAUUAAGAAGGCAGCCAAGAAGGCAGCCGAGUUCAACAGCAACUUCAACAGGGAGCGCAUGGAGGAGAGAAGAGCCUACUUUGACCUCCAAACACAUGUCAUCCAGGUGCCCCAGGGAAGGUUCAAGGUGUUGGCCCCAGAGCUCACCAGGGCUGGGCCCUAUCCUGUGGCCCUCAUUCCCGGCCAGUUUCAGGAAUACUACAAGAGGUACUCUCCCAACGAGCUGCGGUACCUGCCGCUGAACACGGCGCUUUUCGAACCUCCCCUGGACCCGGAACUCCCGGCUCUGGACUCAGAACCUGAUUCAGAUGACGCUGAAGACGGCAAAGAUGUCAAGAAGAACAAGAAUGCAUCCGACAGUUCUUCGGGCAACACCUCCGACGUGGAGAGUCAGGAGGGAGGAGCAGCGCCGGCACACAAGGGCAAGGGCAAGGACCGGACCACCACACCGGGCAAGGAGGGGACCCCGCGGCACCCCCACAAAGCGUCCGCGACCACGCCCGUGUACAAGCCUAAGGUCAUUCCCAAUGCUAUUUGUGGCAUUUGCCAGAAGGGUAAAGAGGCCAACAAGAGAGGCAAGCCAGAGGCUCUCAUUCACUGCUCCCAAUGUGAUAACAGCGGUCACCCGUCGUGCCUGGACAUGAGCGAGGACCUGGUGUGCGUCAUCCACACAUACCGCUGGCAGUGCAUGGAGUGCAAGACGUGCACUGUGUGCCAGCAGCCCCACCACGAGGACGAGAUGAUGUUCUGCGACCAGUGCGACCGAGGAUACCACACGUUCUGCGUGGGCAUGAACGCCAUACCGCUGGGUCUCUGGGUGUGCAAGCUAUGUGAGAAAAACCCCAUCACACCGAAGAAGAAGGGAGGACCCAAAACGCCCAAGAAGUCCAAAUGAUGGAGAGAACGGAACGCCAGCGUAUUGGAGCCUGGUUAUGUUUGUGACACACUGUCAGAGAGCGUCCCCUGGCGAUUCUCCUCACUAUUAUUAGUCUACCAAUCAGAGAGGUGUUUGCAUUUAAAAAUAAAGGCAAUAUUUUGUACUUGUUGCUUACUCUGCUAUAACGACUUGACUUGAUAUAUGUUUUGGUGCUAAAUUUGUCUUGGUAACUUUUACAUAUUUUUGAUAAAAUAUUUUACAUACAAAAUGACACAGGUCUACACUUUUUUUUUUCCUUUUUCAUGGCGCUGAAAAUAUCCUGUUUAAGCCAUAGACAGUAAAGGGUCAGCCCUGUGUCAGCCAGCUGAUGUGCAUCCAUAUAUGCAGACACUACUUGCAUGAAUCUAGUGUCCUGUAGAGCUUAGCCAAAUGUACACAUUAAACAACUUUUGCUCAUUA